UUAUUCUCUUCACAGAAAAAUGGGUUUUCGAUUGCCUGGAAUUAGAAGGGCUUCAUUUACUACAAAAGCGACUUCUUCAAGAUCAAGUGAAGUACCAAAGGGAUUUCUUGCAGUCUAUGUGGGAGAGGAAAUGAAGAGGUUUGUGAUCCCAAUAUCAUACUUGAAUCAACCUUCAUUUCAAGAGUUAUUGAGCCAAGCCGAGGAAGAGUAUGGAUAUGAUCAUCCAAUGGGCGCUCUGACUAUGCCUUGCAGAGAAGAUAUCUUCCUCAAUGUCACUUCUUCUUUUUCGAUAGGUGCUAGGUGACAAAGACAAGAU